GAUCGUGUUCAGAAUCUGUUCAGACGUUGCAAUGACGUAAAAUCAAAAGAACAAGUUAUGCUUGUCCCUUGGAACCAUGGUGAACAUUGGAUGUUGCUUAUUUUGGCACCAUAUGCAUAUCAUGUUUAUUGUUGUGAUCCGGUGAAUUCAGAGCUAAAUAACCGUGAGGAGAUUGUAUCAGUGAUCGUCAGCGCUUUCAAUCUUUUUUUCUCUAUGAAUCUUCCUGAUGUCGAGAUCCCUGAUACUCUACGCAUUAAGCAACCUCAGUGUUCACACCAACCGGACAAUGUGGCAUGUGGAUACUACUUAAUGAGGAUGUUGAAGGAUUUGAUUGAGCAUGCGAGUCCUGGGCAUUACUUGAGAACGCUAUUAUUAAUUAAAAUUUACAAAUUAUUUUUGAAACUAUAAAUGUAAUCAAAUAAUUAAUUAAUAUAUUUUACUUUAUAUUUCUUGCAGCUAACAAGCACAUCAUAUACAGAGGCACAAAUUGAUGAGUUGCGACAAGAAUGGGCGACAUAUAUGUUGCCGAUAAUCCAAAGUUACCGACCUCGUUGAUAGGUUUUUUUUUUUUAAUUUUUUAACUCUUUCUUCAUACACAAUGCAAUAUUUGUUCAUUUUGAAUAUUUCUAACAAAUAUUGUAUUUCUUGUAUAUAUCUAACAAAUAUAUAUUUUCUUCCAAUUUAAUUGAUUAUUAAAUUAAUUUAAAUUUAGAUUAAAAUAAUUUAAAUUUAAAUUAAUAUUAUUUCAAUUUAAUUAAUUAUUAAAUCAAAUUAAAAUAAUAUUAA